AUGAUUUUUCAUCUUCACAUCAGAGGAUUUUUCUGGAUAUUUUGGUAUUUUAAUUACGCCAAGGUUAUAUCACAGGUUCUGAAUUCCAACAACCUCGGGGAAACUAAUUAUGACUACGUUUGCGCUGGGAUAUACUACAAUGUUGAAGCCGUAAAGAAAAAACAUGAUAUAGCUUGCGAUAUGCUACAUAAUGCCAAACCAGAUCAAAUGUUUCCGUCACACUUGAAAGAGACUCAAAUCUUCGGCACAUAUUCUGAGGCUCUGUUCACAUGGCCGAUUACCUCUGAUAGUAUAACCUUGAAGAAUCCUAUUCCCCGAGAUGCUCGUAUUGUCAUCAAUCUGAGCUGCAAAUUCUUCGGUCUUAUAACUAAUGGAGAUAGUGGCCCUAAGAGAUGUACUGAAUUAUUAGCGAAUGAGGACGAGAUGAGCUCUGCUUCAAACUUAGAGGAAUUCAAGGGCUUCAAAUGUGGAGAUGUAAUAUUUGAAGAUUCAUAUCUAGAAAAAUCCCUAAUUGAGGCUAAUCGGGCAAAACCUAUCGACUCAUUCAAUCAUUAUCCUCGGACGCAUCAAUCGCAAAUAAUUGGCCACAAUCACCUAGAAUGGCCUAUAUUUAGACAAGAAAUUACAUUCAAACCAUCAGGAAAAAAUCCACUAUCACGAGACUAUUUUCUUGUUUUCUCGAAGAGUAAUCAACCUAUGAAAGUAGUCGAAGUUCAUAAAAAAAUAUACCAUGAAUGCAAGCGUUACAGGAGAACUAAAGUGACAUCCAUUAUCCCCUCAGGCUUUAUGAAUGCACCAGUAAGGGUACAUAAAGGAAUGGAUCAAACCUACAACUGCAAGGAUAUAAAUUUUGAAGACUACUAUAUUCAGUCCAAUAAAGAAAGGGCUACCUAUCUACAUGGCACUAACAGUCCCAGAAAAGGAAUGAAUGACAAGUAUCCCGGCUUAGUCAAGGGAAAUGGGAUAACUCUCGAAGGAAAAGUCUGGCAGUGGCCUCUUCGAAUUCCAGAGCAAAAGAAAAAAAAACUGUCACAUAAAACAAGCUACAUGCUAUUUUUUGAUGACUUGAAUAAUUUUUUGGGAACAUAUUAUCUAGAAAUGAACACCUUUCGAGACUGCCGAACAAGGAAAGAAUUAAAACAUUGCAAUAAGAGUUCAGACUUCUGUGGAAUUGAUUUAAACAAAGAUCUUCCAAAUUGCAAGCACUGUUGGAGUCUCAAAAAAGAUUGUUGCCAGUCUAAUGUACAAAAUUAA